AUGUCAACUGAACUCUCAGUGGCCUACACCUUGAGAAAACAUGAAUCUGAAGUUACUGCGUCAAAAAUCGUAGCUCAAAAAGGUUAUUUCCCAGUAUUGAUAUCUGGAGAUCGUGAUGGGUUAGUGUUGGUCUGGGACCUCAUCACACGCCGGUCUAUUUCAACUUACAGAUUAGAAUCAAAAGCUCAGAUCAGCAGUAUCAAUUUCGUUGAUCAAUACGUGACUGUGCUCUCGAAAGAUCACUGUCUUCGAUUCUUUCGCUUGCGAAAUGAGUGCAGUACCGUGUCGCCCACGACUAGGAAAGGAACUACAAGUGGCAAUUCCUGCAACCUGAAAGAAGUUUAUUCCAUACCAGUGAACACCCUCAACUUCGCAAAUGUGGCUAUCCAGGUACUAUCAGAGAACAAAUACAGGCUCUGGUGCUGCAACGCGGAGAAUUCAGAAUGUUUUGACGUCUACACCUUCGAUUUGAGAGACCAGCAAUCUCUCAAGCGUGAGUUCAAGGCUGUUAAUCUGUAUAGCAAUCUGACUGAUGCAAGCAACUGGAAUCGGAGCUUUACCUUGGAUAAAACGGGCAUUGCGAUGUGCUUUCUAGAGCUUGCUGGAUUGGUCUAUAUUGGAUUUGAGUGUGGAUUUGUAGUGGGACUACGAUUUGUUGAACACAAGGAUGCUUCCAGACCAUCACUGGAAAUUGUCUACGCUUCUUCCGUGCACUACCCAGAACCAGUUUUAUCACUGUGUGCCAGUUGUGAUGGUCAAACCGCAUAUAGUUCAUCAACGACUAGCACUGUUGGAAGACAUAUCGUCCCUGAGACUGGCAAUUGUGAUAUUGAUGACGGCUGCAAUACGCAAACUAAUGGCAUCAGAUAUAGAAAGGGCUUUGCGCUAUGUAAUUCGAGCUUGGAUCUCGAAACUAAUGAGAUCGCUCACAUAGAAAGCGUGGGACACUCUCUGGUGGCAUUAAACUGGAAAGGACAGACUGUGGUAGCGAAUAAAGACGAAACUCAUGUUGUUGGUUCCAAGCUGCGAAGCAAUCUAUUAGUGGAUGACUCAAAUGUCGGCAGUUUCUCUGCAGAUAAAAAGCCCAAAAACUGGAUUAAAGCCAGCAGCGUAGCUUGCUUGGGCAAGCAAGUUAUCACGGAAGACCAGUUUUCAAGCGUUGGUCAUAGAAGACGAGCAACUCAAGUCGCUAUUCGCAAUUGGACCUUUACUGGGUAUGAAGACGGUUCUAUUGUUAUGCAAGCAUUUGCUCUAUGA